AGUACUUAUACAGAUCCUAUUGGGGAUAACAACAGUAGUCACACUUGUAGAAAUAAAGUGUACCGAAACACGCUUCAGACCAGCUUGAACAAAAAAAGGAAUCCGGUGCUCGACUGAGGGACUUGAAAAUCCCAAAAAGCCUUCCUCACCCCAGGACACUUCAACAGGUAAAUAACUACCUUUAAAUAAACGGAGAAAUAAAGAAAAGGCGCUUAUGAAGGCAUCCAAUGACGAAACAUAAGCCUGUUUGCUUUAAAUGAAACAGAUCAAUGCAGACAGAGAACUAGUUUUCUUUAUUUUCCUGAUAGUCACCUGUUAAAGUCCUGGAGUAAGGAAUGUUUUUUAACAGUAGUCACACAUGUAUUUCAGACACCAUUGGUUAUGGUUUUAUUUGUAUCUGAAGGAUGCCAGAAGAGCUGCAUUAUUCUACAGUGGUUUUAAAAAAUUAAUAAAUGUCUUCACCAAAAGUGGAGGGCCCUGCUCCCCACUCUCAACACUUUGGAGGAGUGGCAGUGUGCUUGGGGGUUCUUUGUGUCCUGUUGGUGUCAGCCAUUUUACCUCUCUGUGUCUACUGUGAGUAUGUGGAUCAUAAAGACACAAUAAUAUGGACUUUGGAGAGGUGCAGGUUGAGUAAGCAUGUCCUUCUCUCCACAGUCAGCACUGCCCUGUCAGAGCACAACAUACAUUUGGUGAGGGAACUGGAGCAGCUAACAGAUGAGCAUAUAUCCCUACUGGCAGCCAAUCAGGACCUAAUGAAUCUCUACUGCAAGCUGAGUGUAGCCAAUCACAUUUUGCAGAGCGAUUACAUCAAUGUGUCUACUGAAAACCAGCAAUUGAAGGCAGAGAGGAUGAACUUGUCAAGAGACAGGGAUGGGCUCAACUGGACUCUUGGGGUCAUUUUUCAGUUGAAGAAUUUCCCAGUUGAUAACUACUGCCCAUAUGAAGAUGCCAACACCAAAGAUAGAGUGUGCAAACCUUGUCAAGUUGGCUGGGUGCUGUUCCAAUCCAGUUGUUACCUGUUUCUGCACAUUAAAGUCCCCUUCGGUCACCUUUGGAGGACCUGGCAAGGAAGCAGACAGCACUGCAAAAACAACAAUGCCGAUUUGGUUGACAUAGGCAGUCAAGAGGAACAGGAAUUCAUUCUCAACAACACUCAAGCCUACUAUGAUGAAGAUCAUGGGUACUGGAUCGGCCUGACUGACAUAGCAGAAGACGGUCAAUGGCUUUGGGUUGAUGGACGUAAUCAGAAUCUGACUGAUGGGUUUUGGAAGAUUCAACCUGUAUGGGGUCGCGAUUGUGCUUUAACUAACCCAAACAAUGCACCUUUGGCUAAUUGGAAUGCUGCACCGUGUGGCCAGAGAAACCGAUGGAUCUGUGAGAGUAAAGCAUUAAUAUGGUCAGGGUAAAUUGAGCCACGUUCACACAGU